UGGCACUUCAUGUUUUUCUGAAAACUUCGCGGCGAUUUUCCCCUUGCACCAGCCUGGACUAAUGGAUUACCACCUGCUUGGACUAAUUCUGUCUUUUCUCUUCAAUGGCACAAAGGUCUUAGCCGGUUACCCAAUUUGGUGGUCCCUCGCCCUGGGCCAGCAGUACAGCUCGCUGGGCUCCCAGCCCAUCCUGUGUGGCUCCAUCCCCGGCCUGGUCCCCAAGCAGCUCCGCUUCUGCCGCAACUACAUCGAGAUCAUGCCCAGCGUGGCCGAGGGGGUCAAGCUGGGCAUCCAGGAGUGCCAGCACCAGUUCCGGGGCCGCCGCUGGAACUGCACCACCAUCGAUGACAGCCUGGCCAUCUUCGGGCCCGUCCUGGACAAAGCCACACGAGAAUCCGCCUUUGUCCACGCCAUCGCCUCGGCCGGGGUGGCCUUCGCCGUCACCCGCUCCUGCGCCGAGGGCACCUCCACCAUCUGUGGCUGCGACUCCCACCACAAGGGACCCCCGGGGGACGGCUGGAAAUGGGGGGGGUGCAGCGAGGACGCCGAUUUCGGGGUGCUGGUGUCCCGGGAAUUCGCAGACGCGCGGGAGAACCGGCCGGACGCGCGCUCCGCCAUGAACAGGCACAACAACGAGGCCGGCCGGACGACCAUCCUGGAUCACAUGCACCUCAAGUGCAAAUGCCACGGGCUCUCGGGGAGCUGCGAGGUCAAGACCUGCUGGUGGGCACAGCCCGAUUUCCGGGCCAUCGGGGACUACCUGAAGGAUAAAUACGACAGCGCCUCGGAGAUGGUGGUGGAGAAGCACCGCGAGUCCCGGGGCUGGGUGGAAACUCUCAGGGCCAAGUACGCGCUUUUCAAGCCGCCGACAGAGCGGGACCUGGUCUACUACGAGAACUCCCCCAAUUUCUGUGAGCCCAACCCGGAGACGGGCUCCUUUGGGACCAGGGACAGAACGUGCAACGUCACCUCCCACGGCAUCGACGGCUGCGACCUCCUGUGCUGCGGGCGGGGCCACAACACCCGGACUGAGAAGCGCAAGGAGAAAUGUCACUGCAUCUUCCACUGGUGCUGCUACGUGAGCUGCCAGGAGUGCACGCGGGUCUAUGAUGUCCACACCUGCAAGUAA